UGUUCGCGUGCUGGCCACGCGCCGGGUUAUUGUUCCAUUGUUUGCAGGGAGAUUAUCUGACUUGAUAGAUUGGUUUCUGUCUCAGUUUCUGGCUUGUCUCUGCAUGGAGUGUGUCUCUUUUUAGUCUGUCGGGUACCGAGAAUAAUGGUUGCUAGUAAAAGUACCGUUUCUUCUACGCUUCCUUCGGCCGCACCUAAAUUAAGGACUUUGGGCCUGGAAAUGUGGGCUCCGAUACUUUAUCAUCUCAAGCAUCGUUAUUCGAGGCAAAUUUUAACCAGAAAAUCAUGCGACUUCUGUGGCAAAUCGAUGUACAUCGUUGGUCUGCGAUGCAAGCAGUGCAACUUAAAGUGCCACCGAAAAUGUGCCAUGACAGCACCCCCACAGUGCCUACUCACGGUUGAUGGACACUCAUUCACAAACUUAAGAGGUAGAAGAACAACAUCUCACAACCACCAGCAGUUAGAUAAGCAUGAACAGCCGCAAACAUUUUGUACUUGUGUACAGAAGCCAAGACCAAUUCUACAUCGUCAACAUUCAGUAACCAUCCAAGACGCUGUAAUCUCACCCUCGGUCGUUACAUCUCCCUGUUCGUGUAUUACACCAUCUGGUGCCAGCACUUCAACACCAUUAUGUAGCGAGGCACCUGCGUUUAACUUUAACUUUAGCUCGAUGCCUUCCUCACCGAGUGGAACACAAUCGUCUCAGACGUCAUCCAGCUCAUGUGGAUACUACUCCCUAGGGUCAGAAUGCAACGUAUCUACGGUGGAUUCAUCUAAUGGUAUUACUUCUUGUACGUGUGGUUGUCAGAAAAUUUCAAACCCACUCUCUCAAUCUGACAGGAGGACAAGAUGGUGUGGCGGAAAGGCACGCACGAUCGAUGUCACAUCCCGCACAAAUGUAACCCAUGACGACAGUGAAGAAAUGAGAACCUCCCUCAUCUCAACGUGGCCUAGGGAUUUCUUUAGUCAUCCACACCAAUCUAAUGAGGAUGUGCCAAAUUCGAUAGAAGACGCACAGCGAAUAUGCGACUGGAUGAAAAUUCAAACUGCCACAAAUUCAAGCGAAAGGUCGGUGCGUGAAGCUGUAAGGGAGUGGUCGAUACCAUUCGAGAACCUCAAGUUCGGAAAAUGCAUUCGUCGUGGGACUUACUCUACAGAAUACAGGGGACAGUGGCAUGGUGAUGUCAUCAUCCAUACAAGAGAUGUCCAAGAGGAGGAAGACUUCUUGGAAGAGGUGUCCAUGUUGAGCAUGAUACGACACGAGAACAUCGCUCUCUUUAUGGGAGCGUGUAUUGAUGCACCCAACUUCUGCGUGGUCACUAGCUGUACAGAGCAGCUGAUCAUUGAGGCUGACACAGACUUGAAAAUAGGGCUUGCGCAAAAAUAUGUUCUAUAA